AGGCUUUUCAAGUAUCUGAAAGCCAAAGUGUUUUCUCUCUCAUCUUCUCUAUUAAAUUUUCUCUCUCUAGAUUUUAAGCAAAAGAUUAGUGAUGGCAAUUGCUUUUGGCAGAUUUGAUGAUUCUUUCAGUUGGGCCUCAAUUAAGGCUUACAUUGCUGAGUUUAUCUCUACUUUGCUCUUUGUAUUUGCUGGAGUUGGCUCUUGCAUUGCUUUCAGUAAGUUGACAGCAGGUGCAGCACUAAGCCCUAGUGGGAUAGUAGCAGUAGCAGUAUGCCAUGCAUUUGCCCUAUUUGUUGCAGUAGCAGUGGGUGCUAACAUCUCUGGUGGUCACGUAAACCCAGCUGUCACCUUCGGAUUGGCCCUCGGCGGCCAGAUCACUAUCCUAACUGGCAUUUUCUACUGGAUUGCCCAGCUUGCUGGUUCUGUUGUUGCUUGUUUCCUUCUCAAGGCUUCCACUGGUGGCUUGACAACUCCAAUCCACAGUGUGCCAGAAGGAUUAGGAGUAAUGGAAGCAGUAGUAAUGGAGAUAAUGAUAACUUUUGCAUUGGUAUACACUGUUUACGCAACUGCAGUUGACCCAAAGAAGGGCUCAAUUGGUACAAUUGCUCCUAUUGCUAUUGGAUUCAUUGUUGGGGCCAAUAUUCUUGCUGCAGGCCCAUUCUCUGGUGGGUCCAUGAACCCAGCCCGUUCAUUUGGGCCCGCUGUUGCUAGUGGUGAUUUCCAGGACCACUGGGUCUACUGGGUUGGGCCCCUUGUUGGUGGUGGUUUGGCAGGCCUUAUUUAUGGAAAUGUCUUCAUGCAACAAGACCAUGCUCCUCUCUCCAAUGAAUACUAAAUUUGAGUUUUCAUUUUUCUUUUUCCCUAAAACAUUCUUAAUUUAUUUGUGUGCUUUUUUUUUUCCUUUCAAUCUUGGUUUGAAUUUUUUUUCUUUUAGUUUAUUCUUGUAAAUCCAUGGUCUAGCCAAUGUAACUUUGUUGCAUUUUGCGGAAAUAAAUAUUCUUUUUUUUCCCUUAAA